AUGCUGUGCAACGGUAGCCUUCUGCUUGUCGUUCUGUUGUCCUUUGCAUCUCAACAUGCCCACGCAGCCAGGCCGAGAGAGCUGCGACAACAGCACAACCCCAGCAUCCUCCUACCGCCAGGCACGCCUGAUAUUGACGGGCAUGGGAAUAGCCAAGUAUCCUCAGAUCUGGGAGAGCGUGUAUUCAAGCUCCGCCACAUCUACCACCAUGGCAUACAGAAAUACCCCAAUCUCCACCGCUAUGUCGACGUAAAGCCCGAUGCGAAGCUACAGGUCCGGACCUUGGAUGGAGAGCUGGAAGAUGCGCCGACCGAUUUGCGGGCACGAGCAACAUGGUUGAACAUUCAGCGCAUGGAGGACAGGAACAAGUCGGCUAUCGACCAUCUAUUGAAGCAUUCCGAGUAUUUUGGAAGAGCAGCACAUCUGCCGGCUGAUGCAUGGACGGUCGACGAAAUCGAAGCACCAAAUGUCACAGACAAGAGCACGGUCCUGACAUUCGCAAAGAUGGCUGCCAACGCAUACAUCCAAUCACGCCUGGACGGAGAGUGGCAGCCUGUCAAAGGAGGCUUCAACUAUACCGACGACUUUGGCUGGGAAUCCGACGGUCUCCGCGGGCAUAUCUUCGCUGAUGAGACCAAUGCCACCGUCGUCAUCGGUUUGAAAGGAACUUCCCCCGCUAUCUUUGAUGGUGCCGAUACGACAGGAAACGACAAGCUGAACGACAAUCUGUUUGGCUCAUGCUGCUGUGGCCAAGGCGGCCAGUACUUGUGGAAGCAGGUUUGCGACUGCAUGACUUCCACCUAUACCUGCAACUCGACGUGCUUGGUGCAAUCGUUGAGGCAGAAGAGUCACUACUAUUGGGCUGUGCGAGACCUCUAUCAUAAUGUGACAGAACGCUAUCCAAACUCGUCCGUCUGGCUGUCAGGCCACUCACUUGGAGGCGUGGUUAGCUCCAUGCUUGGCCUGACGUAUGGCCUGCCGACCAUGACUUUCGAAGCAUUCCCAGAUGCAAUGGCUGCUCAGCGUCUUGGACUACCAACGCCACCUGGCUACAAGAUCGGAUCACACCAAGCACGAGUAAAGACUGGUGUCUAUCACUAUGGCCACACUGCUGACCCCAUCUAUAUGGGCACGUGCAACGGCGCAUCGGCCUUCUGCACGCUUGCCGGAUACGCCUUCCAGGGUGUCUGUCACACGGGCCAGACGUGCAUAUACGACACCGUUGGCGAUCUUGGCUGGCGAGUCGGUAUCGGCACACACAAGAUUGUCAAUGUGAUCAAGGACGUGCUCGAGAAGUACGAGACUGUACCCGCUUGCGAGGAAGACAAUGAAUGCGUGGAUUGCUAUAAUUGGAAAUUCUACGAGAGCAACGGGACAGAAACCACCACAAGUAGCAAAACUUCGUCGACUGCUACGCGAACGCGGACCGAGACUUGCAAGACACCCGGUUGGUGGGGCUGCUUGGAUGAAACCACGACUACGACAACAUCAACCACGAGCACAUCGUCGACUUCUACGUCCACGUGCAAAACUCCUGGCUGGUUUGGAUGCAACGAUCCAGUCACAACGACUGAUACAAACACAAUUACUACUACCAGUGCAAAACCUGGGCACACGAUUACUACGAUUACAACGACAUCGACAUCGACAUCGACUUGCAAGACACCCGGCUGGUUUGGCUGCGAUGAUGUUACUACAACAAAAUCUGCGACCCCGAAAAGCUCGUCUAGUCUCCCAAUUGCAACAAGCACCACAACUGCCGAUGACUGCACAAGCCGAGAGUGGUUCGGUUUGAUCUGCGUUGAUCCUUCUCCUACAACAAGUUCUGCCUCAACAGCAACUCCAACGACAAAUUCUGGCUCAACACCAACGCCAACGCACCUUCCGACCGCGAGACGGAAACACUGCGCGAGUCGACAAUGGUACGGCACUUGCAAGGAGUGGCGAUUCGAAGAUGUUUUUGAGCCUAAAUGGGAUCUUUAGUGAUGACCCGAAAUGUGUACAUGACCUAUGAAAGCGGCGUUAUGGAUACGAUUGAUAGGAGACGGCAUUGCAUGGAAGGAGCAAUUGAUGACAGAUAGAACGAUACCACAUGUCGCACAAUGCAACAUCAAAUCUGC